CCACUUUGUGUCCAUGCAACUCUUGUUGCUAUGAAGAUGGUAGUCUUAAAGGUGCCAGAUGACUCUGUUCUUUUGCUACAGGAUUACUUAAGCUGGACACCUCCUGAAACUCGUUGCCAUGUCAACAGUUUACUGGAAAACAGUCAGGACAAAAAAGAAACCUGGCGAACAUGUCUACCCAAAACCUACAGCACAAGAACAGGUGCACUCAUUCUUUAUUCGGAAGAUCUAGCCAAACCGUCAAGGAAAUGGGAAGAGCCCAAGAAGUCCCAAAUAAAAAGUCAAAUCAAAAACCAGACUCUACAGAUAGAGCUUCACACACUCCAAGAUUUGGCUCAGGCCAUCUUGGCAUAUGGAGCCCAAAAGAUACGGAAGAGUAAGAAAGGAUGUGCUUGGCAGCCAUAUCUUCACUUUUUAAGUGACCCAGAGAUCCAGACUGACAGACAGAUGAGACCCGGCUAUUCACCUAAGAGAUAUCUCCUCAAACUCUCUCAGACCUGGGACCCAGGCCUUCUACAAAAGCUUCAACUUAAAGGAUAUAUUCGGGACCCUUUGUUACUUGAGGAGCACUCACAAGAUCACAGAAAGAGACAACAAGAUCUGUCAGCGGUUCCACCAAAAUACAAUCUUCUGCAUAUUUACUGUUCACCUUGGCCCUAUUUGCAAGCUGAGGUAGAAGAGCGACAGACUCAUCCAGGCCUUGGUCCUUCAUCUCAUAAGCAGUCUGAGGAGAGACCCAGACUGUCGGAAGAACGCUAUGAAGGAGAACCUAACACCAGAGGAAUGGCUCAGAUUCCUUUAAGGAUUUCAGUCAGAAAACUCAGCUUUCACUUUAGACCACAGCAAACAAAGGAGACCGCCCGGAGCCAGGAUCCGCCAUACAAAGGAAUCCCAAGGGACAGAUGGACAGAGGUUCGCCAGGACAGAAGGACUAUAUGGGAGCAUCUAGACCACAAUGUAAAACCAAAACAAGCUGUAGGUGAUCCAGCUUCAGAAAAUACCAGUAUUGAUGCUUCUGAGCUGUGGUGUGAGAAAUCUCAUGUGACUUUCUAUGGAGGUUUUUUCCCUGGGAAAAAUAUCAUCUACACUGUCACCCAAAGGCAUUUGAAAAAUGCAGAUGGCAAAGAAAUGAAGCCUUCUGUGGAUCCAGGUUUAUUCCCACCUGUUCAAACAGGAACACACUCAGAGUGUGAUGGACUCACCAAGAAAUAUAAGAAACAGGUGCCACAAAUUUCUCAGUUACCUCAAAUAUGUGAAGACUCGUCCAGAGCUCCAUGGAAAAAGCCUAAUUCCAGUGAGCUCUCAAAAGAGCUUGUCAUCCUUCCAUUGUUGGUUCGACUGAGAAAGAAGGCCCAGCCCGAAGGAAAAAAGCUGAAAGAAACUUGCUGCAUUGAAUCCGAACCUAAGGUUGCUGCCCGUGAUGAGCAGCUGGCACCUUUGCAGAACAACCUCACUUUCCAGCUAGAACGCCGCCAUGAGCGACAGCCGGAGAUCCGUGGUGGGCUUCCCAACACGGCACAAGAUAGCUUCCACUUGCCUCCAAUAAAUAAGGGAGAGUUGACUGGGAAUGGGAGAAAGACGAAGAGAAAAGAGGCAUGCGCUGCCGAAAAGGUCCAUAAGCGUCAAAGAGAACGUCAUAAUGGGGCUUCAAUCAGCGACUCCAUCAUGGGCCCGGAGAGAGAAAUAGUCUGUCCGGCACCGUUGGGAUCUGUCCAAACUACUGAUGAUCUCCGGCAUUUUGGAUUUGUUCCAGAUAAUGAAGUAGAGGAUGGAGUAUUAAAUGAAGAGAAAACAGCUGCCAGACAUCCACCUGAGUCCACUGUGGCUGAAACACUGGAUGAGAAGGAAGGCUUCCAACUCUUAGCCGCACUGAAGAACAGAGGUUCUGCCCUGUGUGCCGAUAGAAGUCUGGAAAUCCCUCAGACACAGCACGCUGGAAAGCCACAAGGGAACAGGAAUGGCUUUGGAAAUGAACCAGGUGCCAUGGAAAAUGAGAGCCCCUCUCUUCAGUUCAGGAAGGAGAAUCAGCAAAGCCAAGAUGGUCUGUGCAGAAAUAACCACCUUCAGCAGAGUGAGGAGGAAAGGGGGCUUUCCAUCCUGACCCAGACAAAAAGGUCAAAACCGAAAAAUGGUGCUGACUUCGCCAAAGCAGUCUGA